AUGGGAACGCCUUCUAGACUGAGUUUGUUCCUGCUUGUGUUCCCCUUCUUCGCCCACGGUCAGUCGCUCUCAGGGGAUACAGCGACCAUCACAGCAACAGACUCGACCACAACCACAGCCUAUGGAAACACCACCAUUUACACCUCGUACACCACGGGCAGCACAAACGAUGGUGCGACGACCACGGCGUAUCCUCCGGCAUCAACUAGUAUCCCCGCCAUCCAGACUGUACCGUGUGCGAUUGCUCGAUUUACAAUGUUGACCUUUCCCGAUGGCGGCUCCAUCGAAGUUCCCUUGGUGGGUUGUUCCGAUGAUCGCCCAGAAUGCUGUCCGUCGCUCAACUUCACGAACCCCGUGCCUGAAGAGACCGGUUCUGCCUCACCAUCUGCCACAGAAUCGAGUGACGAGGAAGAACAUGAAGAGGCUACGACAUCGUGGACAGGCACAACUCCUAGUCCGACCCCAACGGGCGUGGUCUCGAUGCUGAGCAAGGCCCCGCUUACUGUUUGCCCAAGUGACAUGGUCGACAUUGACCCUGUUUGCUGCCCGUCAGGUUUCCAGGUAUAUGGUCAGGUCUUGGUCGGCAAUUAUCCGCCAUGUGUGAGCAUUCUUACAACGGCCAUCACGCCCGAUUCGGAAGUGCUUGCAUCCAUCACGUCAGCUGUGAUAGCAUCUUUGGCAACGGCAUCUACAACCACAACAGCUGUACCGACAGUCAGUGUCGUAGUCACUCAGGUCUUCGCCCUCGGGCUCCCAUGUGCAGAGGAAGUGGAAGAGGAAGAGCACCACAACCACACCCAUCUAAGCACGGGCGCGAAAGCCGGAAUUGGUGCUGGUGUCGGCGUUGCUGGCCUCCUCAUCAUCGGCUUUCUCUGGGCUUGCCUCGCCGUGCGACACCGCCGCCGCAAGAAGAUGAAGGCUCUUCAAGCGGCCAACACCGCAGCUGGAGGACCAAUCCGGCCCGAGUCUGGCGCAUACGCUGCUGCACAAGCAGAUUCCAAGCACAUGUCUGUAGCGACGACGGGUAUCGAAAGCCCAAUGAUGCAGCAGCAACAAUUAUAUGGCACUCCGUCACAGCACGGCUUCAGCCCGGCCUUCGGAUACGGCGCGCCGCAAAUGCAACCCGCCAUGGUCCACCAACACGACCAGUACGGCAGCCCUUACGGAAUUCAACCCGUAGGUCAUAUGGGAUAUCCUGGCAACAUGAAUCCCUACCCGCAAUCCCAAUCUCCACCACCACCCUUCUAUGCUUCUGGUGGUACAAUAUACGAUCAGGGACAUUAUAAGCCACCGGCAGAGGUUGCCGGGGACGUUGUGCACCCCUUCGCUGUCCCCGUAAAUCGCCAGAGCACCGCCGGCAUGAGCGACACGCAGAGCCAAGGUACCUCGACCACGGCUGUGACGGGCGAACACAGGCCGCCGGCGGAAUUGAGUUCACAGGGGAGUGUCAGGCAUUAA